AUGAAAUGUCGCUCACCAAGCUUUAUUUUAGUUGGACAGAAGUCCGAUCUGUCGGCAGCGCGAGAGGUCUGUUUAAGUGUUCUUACCAUUUUAACUCUUUGUGAAUACUCUUGCUGGAUGAUUAUUAUUAACAAUGUACCCCGUGCGAAUAUUCAUGUAAUAUAAAUCGAGUAUUCCUCAUAUGAGCAGUUGUUCACUGUUCUACAAAUCCAUUUCUUAGUCAAACACAGUCUGUAUCCAAGGGAAUCAGUCAUUGUAUUCAGAGGUAUCCCUAAGGGAAGUCCUCUAAGGCUUGUGCAAGACCUAAUCACACAUUUCCCUUUGACACUAUUCAGGUGCCUGCAUUAGAAGCGGAGUGUCUAGCCCAGAGGCUCGGAGACUAUCAAUACGUUGAAACCUCUGCUUUGACCGGUGCCAAUGUCGAACAGGUUUUCCUUCUUCUCGCAGAAUCUGUUUACUCGAAGAUGAAAGCAGGGAUAUACACUGAGGUAACAUGAGAGUUAUUACCUGCACUCUUGCACCAUG